AAGUACUGUCAGCGGCAGAUGCAAAGCGUUGUCUGUCUAUCUAACAUUUCACUAAAGUUUUAUUUUUAUCGCUAAAUCACCACCUCACAGACAUGACGAAGCUCUCAGAGGGUGCGAUAGAGGCUCUAUCAAAUGGCACCGGUGGCAGCGACGCAAUGCUUCAGCUGGUGAACAUUCGCAAGAUAGAGGGAGGAAAUGGUCCAGCUCGCUUUCGCGUGAUGAUGAGUGAUGGACGGCACACUCUGUCCUCCUUCAUGCUCUCGACUCAGCUGAACUACAUGGCUGAAGAGAACAGACUGGCCCCAAACUGCAUCUGCGUACUGAAGAGGCAUGUGACUAAUAUACUGAAGGAUGGACGACGGGUGGUGAUCAUUCUGGAAAUUGAUGUCAUCAAAGCUGCUGAAGAUGUUGCUGGAAGAAUAGGUGACCCCACCCCUUACACUGAGGGUCAGACUAAAGGCCCACAGUCUGCAGCAAACCCUGAAAUCCGCCCUCCGCUACAGCCACAAAACAGAAAUGAAGCAGUGAACAGAGGUUUCACUAAGGACUUUGGGAAGAAGGCCCCAUCUGCCAUGCCCAGUACUCCAGGGGGCAGCUCCAAAGUUGUACCCAUCGCCAGCCUCAACCCCUACCAGUCCAAGUGGACCAUCCGCACCCGUGUAACCAACAAGAGCAGCAUCCGUACGUGGAGCAACUCUCGCGGUGAUGGCAAACUCUUCUCCAUGGAGAUUGUGGAUGAGAGUGGAGAGAUACGAGUGACUGGUUUCAACCAAGAGGUGGACAAGUUCUACAGCCUUAUUGAGGUUGGCAAGGUCUACUACAUCUCCAAGUGCUCCCUGAAGAUCGCCAACAAGCAGUACACAUCAGUGAAGAAUGACUAUGAGAUGACACUCAAUGGAGAGUCCACUGUCAUCCCCUGUGAGGACAGCUGUGAUGUUCCCAUGGUGCAGUGUGACUUUGUCUCUAUUGCUGAUCUGGAGAGCAGAGAAAAAGAUGCUGUUGUUGAUGUGAUCGGCGUGUGUAAGGAUGUGGACGACGUGACCCGCCUCACCACCAAGACCAACAGAGAGGUGUCCAAGAGGACGGUCAAUCUGAUGGACAUGUCCGGGAAGGUGGUGGCUGUCACGCUGUGGGGAGAGGAAGCAGAGAAGUUUGAUGGAUCUGGACAGCCCAUUGUAGCCAUUAAGGGGGCAAAACUUUCAGACUUUGGAGGCCGAUCCCUCUCUGCAUCCUUCAGCAGCACCCUGAUGAUCAACCCAGACAUCCCCGAGGCGUAUAAACUCAGAGGCUGGUACGACAAGGAGGGCCAUACCAUGGAGGGACAGUCCCUGACGGAGAUGAAAGGUGGCAGCGGGGGAGGAAACACCAACUGGAAGACUCUAUCUGACGUGAAGACGGAGCACCUGGGACACGGAGACAAGGCAGACUACUACACCUGCAUAGCUACCAUAGUGUACCUGCGCAAGGAAAACUGCCUUUACCAGGCCUGUCCCAGCCAGGACUGCAACAAAAAAGUGGUCGACCAACAGAAUGGCAUGUUCCGCUGUGAGAAGUGUGACAAAGAGUUCCCCAACUUCAAGUACCGCCUCAUCCUUUCUGCCAACAUUGCAGAUUACGGAGACAACCAGUGGGUGACUUGCUUCCAGGAAAGUGCAGAAGCCAUGCUGGGCCAGAAUGCAGCUUACCUGGGGCAGCUCAAGGACUCGAACGAAGCUGCCUUUGACGAGAUCUUCCAACAAGCCAACUUCAACACUUUCGUCUUCCGUAGCAGAGUGAAGCUAGAAACGUAUAAUGAUGAAUCCAGGAUCAAGGCCACUGUCAUGGACGUGAAGCCUGUUGACCACAAGGACUACAGUAAGAGGUUGAUUAUGAACAUAAGGAAACUAGCAGCCCAGUAGGAGCUUGUGAUGUUCUGGUUUUUGCUUGCUUUUGCAAGUUUUCCUUUGUUCCUGUAAAGCCAACAAACAGCUCUAAAUGUAUGUUUUGCUUAGAAAGCAAAUGUGUUUAGUCUUGUGUUUUUUUUUUUCCUUGUGAAUCUUCAGAGUACUUGUGACUGUUCACCUUUUCCUUUGUGAAAUAAUGUUUUGUGACCUGAUUCUGGAAGCUGUUUUUUGUUGUCGCUGGUGAACAUAACAGACACCAUUUUUUUCCUCUUUGUUAUUCGGGGAAGCAGAGCAGAGAGUGGGUCAGUAAGCCACAGAAGAAAUCAUCGCUGUGUCUGUCUUAAGUCAGCCAGUUGUUCCUGCGUGCGCUGCGGCCACGGGGGGGUGGUGGCUGCUGUAAGCAGAAGGCCAGCGCGGUAGCUAGCACUCCUUUCACUUUCUGAAGCACACUCAAAAUGCCUGGGCUGGACCUGCACAUCCCUGAUAAGACCGUUUACUCUCCCACUUUUUUUUUUCUUUUUCUUUUCCUCGGUCUCUCACAUACUUUCAAAUAUAAGCACAUAUACACAUGCACAGUGCAGACCUAAUGGGAAAUGUACUGCAUCCUGUUUAAGUAGAUACAAGGUGUUGUACAUGCUUUCAAUGCCUGUUUUGUGCAUUUGUGUAUUUCCCUUUUUUUUUGGGUGAUAAUUAACUGAAAAUAAACGUAUUUGUAAACAAGU